AUGGUUUCAGACAGAAACCGCAUCGAUCUGACAGGAUCACGUUCUCCAUGUUCACCCCCGCGUCUGGAGAGGACGAAUGCUUUGAGGAUCAGUGCGGGUAAAGUGCCAGAUCUGCUGAGCCGGGUGGGUAUCAUCAGGGUCCUCAGCAGCAGCAGCGACCCUCAGACCCUCGAGGAGAGGGGAGAGGGACACAACUUCCAGCCCUGCAGCCACACGCAGCCCACCUGGUGUGACCUGUGUGGGGACUUCAUCUGGGGCCUGUACAAGCAGAGUCUACGCUGUGUUAAUUGUAAGUUCACUUGCCACUACCGCUGCCAGCCCCUGAUUCAGCUGGACUGCAUUUGGGACCAGGGCUCUUUGUGCGAAAAUACAACCGUCAUUGAGCACUCAAUAGAAACGGACACAAAUGUGAUGACCUGGGGCAGCUCCACCAGCAGCGGCUACUGCAGUGACGAAGAGUCCGAGUGUUCAGAGUUUGAGCAAUACUUCACAGCGCGGACAUCUUUCUUCCCCAAACCCAAGAAAUCUGAAAAUCUUGUGGUCAAAAAGGAUGAACAGACUGAAUUGGGGAAGCCGGAGUUGACCAUUCCUGAAAUUCAGCAGAAAGUGAAGGAAUACAACGCACAGAUCAACAGCAAUUUAUUCAUGAAUAUGAAUAAGGAUGGCUCUUACGCGGGUUUCAUCAAGGUGCAGUUUAAAUUGGCGAGGCCCGUUUCCGUCCCUCCUCCAAAGAAAGAGAGUGUGAGGCGGUCUGCAGGGGUGAAGCGCCGCACCUCCUUCUACCUGCCCAAAGACGCCUCCAAGCAUCUGCACAUCAGCUCACGCACCACGGCCCGCCAGGUCAUUGAGGCUCUGCUCAAGAAGUUCACUGUGGUCGACAAUCCCGGAAAGUUUGCACUGUUCGAGCGCAGCGAACGGCACGACCAAGUUUAUGUCCGUAAGCUGUCUGAUGAUGAGCGACCUCUGCGUCUGCGACUCACUGCUGGACCUAACGAGAAGUUGCUGAGUUUUGUCUUGAAGGAAAAUGAAACUGGAGAAGUCAAUUGGCACGCCUUUUCUAUGCCGGAGCUGAAGAACUUCCUGCGCAUUCUUCAGCGUGAGGAGGAGGAGCACGUGAAGCAGAUCAUGCAGCGUUACACCCUGGCGCGCACACGGAUGCAGGGCGCCCUGAGCGGCUCCACCCCGGGCUGA